AUGGAAAAAUACCGGCAGAUAAAAAUCGGUAUCGGUUCGGAAGCCUUUGAAGAAUUAUUGAAAGAAGUCAAUUUGGUCGAAGAAUUAGAAAAAGUUAAGAAUAACCUUAAAUCUUCCUCCAAAGUUCACCACGAAAAAAUAAAAUUUCUCCGUUCUCUUCUAGACCAGGAACUAAAACUAGAAUGGAUAAUUAUGCGUUAUUUGCCUGUAAUACCCUCCGGUUUACGACCAGUAACUAAAUUGAAAGAGGAAAAUACCAUUGCUACUACCCAAAAAAAUAAUCUGCUGCAAAGGGUGAUUUUGGCUAAGAAACGGAUUAAUGAGUAUCAAAAAGAAAGUGAAGGUUCGCCCAGUUUUCAAAACAAAGUCAAAGGUUUAUUACAAGAAUUAAGUGGUAAGGAUGGAAUAAUGCGGCGUCACUCUUUGGGAAAAAGAGUUGAUUAUUCGGCUCGUUCGGUGAUUGUCCCAAAUCCUAAUUUAUUGCUAACUCAAAUUGGUUUACCGGUUAGAAUGGCCUUAAUUCUUUACAGACCAUUUAUUAUCCAAAAAAUACUAAAAAAAAAAAUCGUUUCUACGGUUAAAGAAGCCGAAAAAAUAUGGUUAAAUAAAGGUCCGGUUGUUUUUUCUUUGCUCGACAAAAUUAUCCAGGAACACCCUGUUUUAGCUAACCGGGCUCCCAGCCUUCAUAGACUCAGUAUCCAAGGGUUUUAUCCUAAAUUAACUACCGGGAAUUCAAUUGAACUUAAUCCCUUAAUAACUACUCCUUUAAAUGCUGAUUUUGACGGAGACCAAAUAGCCAUUCAUUUACCCUUAACCAAAAAGGCUUGCGAGGAAAUUAAGGAACGCAUUUUGUCUUCUCACCAUCUUAUCGAUCCAAAAAACGGCUUUUUAAUAGAUGCUCCCAGUCAGGACAUGAUUUUGGGAAUUUAUUAUCUAAGCAAAGAAAAUAAACAAGAGAACCCGAUUUUUUUUGAUGAAAUAGCCGAAAUAGCCUCUAAAAAAGAACAAAUUCAACAAUCUGAAAAGAAAAUUAAACAAAUAGACGAACAUUAUCUACAAGGAUACUAUUCCGAAGAGGAAAGCAAACAAAAGAAAAUUGCGGUUUGGGAAGAAUACUCCGGAGCAAGGGCUAGUAGUGAAAAUCUGACCCAACUUUUUGCGAUGCGGGGACAUACUACUAACUAUUUAGGAGAAAUUAUCGAAACUCCCAUUAUUUCUUCCCUUCGAGAAGGGUUAUCGCCUUUCGAAUUUUUUACUUCGGUUUAUGGAGCAAUUAAAGGAAUGACUGAUAUUGCUUUAAAAACCGCUGCUGCCGGCGACCUAACCCGAAGAUUGGUAGAAUCAAGCCAGGGUCUAACUAUUAUUGCUUCUGAUUGUCAGACUAGUGCCGGUAAAUUGUUAAAGGAAACCAGCGAAUUAUCCUUAGUUGAGAGAAUAUAUGGUCGUUAUUUAGCCCAGGAUAUUUUGGAUAAAAAAACUCCUCUUCUAGUUCGCAACACUCUCCUAUUAGAAAAAGAAAUUGAAAUUAUUCAAAAAAGUAAAAUUAAUUCGGCGUGGGUGCGUUCUCCGGCAACCUGCGAAUUAGCCGACGGAAUUUGUCAAAAAUGUUAUGGAUUAGAUUUAAGCAAAUUGGGAGAAACAGUGGCAAUUGGAACCGCAGUAGGAAUAAUUGCGGCUCAAUCGUUAGGUGAACCGGGAACCCAGUUAACUAUGAGAACUUUCCACGUGGGGGGAAUAGCCGGUGAGGAGGAAGACAUUACCCAAGGUUUACCAAAAGUGAAACAAGUGCUCGACAAUAUUAAGCCCAAAAAAGAAGAAAAAGCUAUUUUGGCUAAAAUUGAUGGAAAGAUAAUUAGUAUUGAGGAAAAAGAAAUCAAGCAGGUAGGGGAGGAAACAAAAGUUUACCAGAUUAGUGAGGAAAAAAUAGUCAAAGUUAACGAAGGGGACGAGGUAAAAAAAGGCGAAAAAAUCACCACCGGAAAGGUCGAUUUAGAAGAUUAUUUAGAAAUUAUGGGACGGGAUGCUUGUCAAGAUUAUAUCAAAGAGGAGAUUAGAAAUGUAUAUAGUAGUCAGGGGAUAGAUAUUAACGAGAAGCACAUUGAAAUAUUUACCCGUCAAAUGUUAUCCAAAGUAGAAGUAAUAGAUAACGGCGAUAGCGAUUAUCUAAUUGGCGAUAUAGUAAAUUAUCAACACCUCCAAAAGGUUAACCAGUCUUUAACGGCUAGCAAAAAAAAACCGGUUGCUUUCAAAAACAUUGUUUUAAGCCUAAAAGAUUUAGCCUCUCACCCUGAUUCUUUCUUGGCCGGGAUUUCCUUUCAAAACACUUUAAAAAGUUUGGUUAAUUAUUCUUUGUAUCAACCAGUCGAUUAUCUGAGGGGAAGCAAAGAGAGUUUGAUUGCCGGACAAUUAAUUCCGGUUGGCACGGGACUAGUUGAAAGAGAAAAAUACUCUAAAAAAAGAUUAGGGCAAAAUUUUCUUUUCGAUAAAAAUUAUCUUCAUAAAAUAGUUGAUUGCUGUUCGAUAGAUACUAAUUCAGUAAUAAUUGAAGUUGGUAGCGGUUAUGGAAACUUAACUAAUUUACUCGCCGAAACCGAUUGUCAAAAAAUUAUAGGCGUUGAAAAGGAUUCAAACCUAUUUCAGUGGUUAGUGAAAAAUAAUAAAAGUGAGAGAAUUAUUUAUCUUAAACAAGAUGCUUUGACAAUUGAUUGA